UUCAUUUUUAUUUUAUUUUUUAUAUUUUGUCUUAUUUUUAGCUUGUAGUGAUGGGUGGUUUGGAACUAAUUGUACAUACAAAUGCAGCAGUAAUUGUAAAAAUAAUCUACCAUGUGACAAGGCAAGUGGAAAAUGUGAAAGUUGUGCACCUGGGUACAUUGGGACAUUUUGCAAUGAUUCAUGUUCAAAAGGCACUUAUGGUCUAAAUUGUUCUCAGAUCUGUAAUAUCAAAUGCCGAAGUCAAAGCUGCUCUCCUGUAAAUGGAUUUUGUACUGAUGGAUGUGAGGACGGAUACCAGGGAAACACCUGUACGGAAAAGUGCAGCAAAGGAUGGUAUGGAGGAAUCUGCUCCAGACAUUGCAACUUUAACUGCCAGAGGGAAGUCUGUCACAAUGUACAUGGAGAGUGUAGCUAUGGAUGUAAGCCAGGGUGGAUUGGUUCACACUGCAGGCAAACUUGCAAAUUUGGACUUUAUGGGGAAAACUGUACAAAAACAUGCAGCUCAUUUUGCAGAAUCAGUCUUCACUGUAACAACACAAAUGGAAACUGUAUAAAUGGCUGCAUGGAUGGAUACAUAGAACCAAUAUGUGAAAGAGGUUGUAACGGAGGCUGGUAUGGCAAAAAUUGCUCACUGCGUUGUGCCGAAAACUGCCUCAACCGGGCAUGUGAUCACAGAGACGGUAUGUGUAUGUCUGGAUGUCAACCAGGUUGGCGGUCUGCCAACUGUUCUGAAGCAUGCGGCAUGGGAUUUUAUGGCAACAACUGUUUGAAUAGUUGCUUUUACUGCCUCAACAACACUUGCAACCCUUUUAAUGGGGUUUGUAUCCAUGGUUGUGUCGACGGUUAUAUCGGUCAAAAAUGUGAACAACCUUGUGCGCUGGGAUGGUACGGCCGAAAUUGCUCCACUGCAUGUAACCUUAAUUGUAGAAACAAGUCAUGUGACAACGCUCAAGGUGAAUGUACAUAUGGAUGUGAGGCAGGAUGGAUGGGGUUAAACUGUUCGCAAGAGUGCAUGUUUGGACGGUAUGGAGAGGAUUGUGGAAAAAUUUGUGGUAAAUGUGCUUUCAAUCAGACAUGCAACAGGACGAAUGGGGCUUGUUUAAUUGGUUGUGCAGAACCAUUUACCGGAGAGAAAUGUGAUAAAAAUAUAGAAGGUGGGUAUUUUCUUACCAAGUGUCUUUCAUGA